AUGCUUCUUCUCCCCCCCUCAGCUGCCAUUCCACCCACUACCUACACAGAAGCCUCCGCCUACAACCGGACAUUCGCGACCAAAUCUACUACACCUUAUCGGCGAUCCAUCAUUUGCAUCGCCUGGUAUUGGUAUGCUUGUCUUGGCCUUUGGGGUGUUGCAAUUCGGAAUCAGCUAGGGUCGGUCCACCAGAACUACUACGGAGCCAUAUCUGCAGAUUCGGACGACGAGCACAAGCAACACGGCACUGCUUCGCAUAUGCGACAUGGUUUCGAUUAUCAACGCCAGAGCUUGAUGUGUGCAGCGGAUGCUACGCUAGAGUCUGUGGACGCCCGGCUGAGUGGUGUUACUGGAUGGGGCAAUGAGCGAGUUUGUCGUGACUAUGCCGCCUUGAUGGAGUGGGCUGAAGAGCGCUGA